GUGUCAGAGCACCCUGCAGUCCUGAGCACACUCACUCAGAGAGAGAGCGGGGGACAAGAGGGCCAGUGCCUUUGAUCGGUUAGGAUUUGAGUGACUUCCUUCCAUCAUGCGUCAGGUGAUUUUCCUUUUGUCUGCCCUGAUUCCCCUCGUUCUCUGCCAUGGAUGGAACUCCUGGACAAAUUACUGGCAGAGCCAAGGAUACUUUUAUGGCUCCCAGUAUGCAGACAGAGCAUACAGUGUGUCGGCGUGUCCUGACGAGUGUGACUGCCCCUCUUCCUUCCCCGUUGCUAUGUACUGUAAUGGGCGAGGCCUUACCACCGUGCCACCGAUUCCCUCCCAUAUCAAAUACUUGUAUCUUCAACACAAUGCCAUCACAUCUUUGCCUGACUCGGCUCUAAGCAAUGCAACCAAUCUGGUGUGGCUUAUGUUGCAUUUCAACCAGCUGACAUCUGAAUCAAUUGGCAAGAAGGCAUUUGUGAAGCUGGGGGAACUUGAGCGUUUAUAUCUACAAUACAAUAAUUUGACCAGCAUUCCUUCAAACCUUCCCCUCUGCCUGAGAGACCUGAGAAUGGAUAACAACAUGAUUGAGAAGGUGUCACCUGCAGACCUAGAGGGAAUGGAUAACCUCACUAUCCUGUACCUUCAUGAUAAUGCUCUCUCAGAGGUGGGCUCAUCACUGAAGGGGCUGAACUCCCUCACACUGCUUGACCUCAGUAGCAACAAGUUGACAAAGGUCCCAGCUCCGCUCCCUGCAUACCUGCAUCAGCUCUACCUGGAGUACAAUGCCAUCGACUCUAUACCUGAGGGAUUCCUGAGCCUCUUCUCUCAGCUACAGUAUUUUAGGAUGUCGCAUAACCUGCUAACAAAUAAAGGCAUCCCCGCUAACAUGUUUAACGUGUCUGGGCUGGUGGAGCUGGACCUGAGCUUCAACAAACUGGAGAGAAUUCCUUCAGUUAGCACCACGCUGCAAUACCUUUACCUGCAAGCCAAUCAGAUCAAAGAGUUUACUGUGGGUAGCUUCUGCAGUGUUGUGGACGUGACAAAUUUCUCCAGACUCUUAAUGGUGCGACUGGAUGGAAACGAGCUCAGUCUUGUGGACAUCCCCACCGACGUGAGCCAUUGUCUGCGCCAGGUUCUCGACAUUGAGAUCUAAGCAUGUGCACAACGCAGUCUGUGGCUCAGUUCACCACAUGCACCUACAGCAGGACUAUUUUU